CGCCCGGGUUCCGCCAUUGCCAUCCUAUGCCAACCAAACAACCGCCUCAUACCCGCCGGACAAUGAAAUAGGCGGCAGAGAUGGUCAAGCCAGAAAACAAACUUGCCCGCCCGCCCCAGAAAUCCCCGGCGGGCGGCACCCCCGCAAAGCCCAAGCCGGCCACAGCCCCCAAACCAAAGACCCCGACCCCUCCCAAACCCCCAAAGCCCACCCCGGAGCACAAGAAGUCCAGUAGCACGGUCAAAUCCACUUCUAAUGUCAAUAAGCCCACCACGAGCACCCUGCUGGACCCCGAACGGAACCUGUGGGAAGAGGCAUGGAUGUCCGUCGACGUGGGAGAGGCCAACCGGAAACGCCUCACCCAGAAGUGGCACGCCAAGAACCUCAAUCGCGUGGGGAAACUGCCCAAGGAGAACGAAUGCAGCGGACGCUGGAAGCCUCGCAGUACCUUGCUGUACUUCUGGCUCGAUAUUCUCGGAUCGAGGCGCAUUAUCACCGGGUGCAUCUAACUAACGCCAAGGAUCUGGGGGAUGCCAUUGUGAAGGUUUACAUUGGUGUGCUGAGAUAUGCCGCCCAGGUCAAGGAGGCGGCGACAUCUAAAAGAUUGGGUUCGACUAUGGCUGCUCUAUCAUC